AUGUCACAGGUUUCACGAACUAUGAGCGCCGACGGCAUUCAAUCUUGCUUUGACCAUCAAAACGAUUACAUAGCGCAUGAAUUCCAAAUCAGAGAUGAAGCAUCUCGAGCGUCGCACGAAGAGACGCAGUCGAAGUUGCAUAUUCUCGGUUCAUAUAUGGAAUACAUGUUCCUUCAAAUGCAAGUAGUUAACAACCAAGCUUCAGGAAGAAUCAUGAAUAGGGACAUCAGACAUAUGAGUAUAUCUAUCACCUUGACAGCGACUAUGCUAACCGAAAUUCUGCGCCAGACAUUCAAGAGCGUCAAUCGAAUAAUGAAUUGGAUGUUUUCUCAGAAGGACUUGACAGUACAUAUGCCUGAAACUAUCGAAAAGAAAUUCCUAACAACUGCAAAAGCAAUAACGCCGCCUUCGAGAACUGUCGGCCCAGAAGAACUUCAGGUCGAGUCCCGGCAGGUCGAAAAAUACAUAAGCUACAAGAAGAACAUAUCUUUAGACAGAAACAUACCCAAUGUGCAAGUUCCCGCUGAAACCGCACUAAGAAUCCAAACCUGGAUCACAGCGGCUGAUUCGCAGGCCCUAUGGAUCAACGGCCUCACUCAUCCAACACACGGCCAAGUAGUGUCCACCACGGCUGCAUACGUUAUAGCUCUAGCACAUUCAACUAAAGUUCUCUAUAUCUCAUGUUUCUGCCAGGUCCAAGGGUUCUCGAGCCAGAGAAAGGAUGAACAACUAAUAUCUCUUCUCUAUUCACCCAUCCGACAUUUUUCUUUGCUGGUCCCGGAAACAAUAGGUCCCUCAUCGGAUCUCCUUUACGAUCUCAGAAGCCUGGAUGGCAACCGCGAAAGCAUACCACUGGCGAUGAAGCUCAUCGAAGGUCUUUAUGACUUUGCGCCACCUCUGCUAUUCUGUGUUCUUGAUGGACUGCAGUUUCUCGGAAAAGGGGCGGACACAUCGAUUGGUCAAAUUAUUGAUAUUCUGUGA